UAAGAGAAUACAACUGCGGCGCAGUAUUUCCUCUUUUCAAAUUGCUCCUCUGUAUAACCUCUGACUCCCCUUUAUGCCUCCUCAAUCCAAUUAUAUAAUCAUUUAAUAAUAAGCGUCAGCUUUUACUAGACUUAUAAACCAAAAUGAAGCCAUCACGGCUCCAAACAGUCCGAAAUCAAUUUGGAAAGAAGAACCCAAUAGUAACUAAGGACGGCAAUUAAUAACGGGUCAUGUCGCUUCCAGGUCAAAGCGUACACAAAUGGCAGCAUCACCUCUGGCUCCUAUUAAGCCAGUCAAGUACCGCACGUCAUGCGAUCGCUGCCAAAACAUCAAACUACGAUGUAGUUAGGAUAAGCCGUCGUGUAAACGAUGCAUUAGCAAGGGGAACCGAUGCGUCUAUAGCCCCCUAAGGCGUAUGCGUAGAUCUAAAAAAGUUGACGCUGUCGCCUCGAUGAGUUCUAUGGAUGAGAGCCCGCCAAGUCCCGAGACAAUGGAGCCGACACAGAACAGCAGUACUGCGAAUGAGCGCCAACGGGGAUGUGCGGAUAGGAAUGAUCCUCCCUAACGACAGACUGCGCUGGCAGAGGCUUGAGGUCCUACGCCGCCACCGCAUCGCAAGAUCACCCCCGGAGUUGGGAUCUUAGUCUCACAGGUACUCAAGCAUUGACCAUCGCGAUAGUCCGAUGGACAACGAGAUCGAUACGUCUCAUCACUCCCAGCCUAACGGGCUUACUUCCACGGUUGAUCACGGCAGAACUCCGAGCCACGAGAUGGAUUCUUGGGCCUCUGUACCAUCAAGCAACAUCGGGCCCUUUAGCUCGGAGCCGUUAAACACAACUCCGAGGUCCGCUCCUCUGGUGGCUCUUAACGGGCUUAUUGGGAAAGCUGUCUCGGACUCUAUUACCGAUUUCUACACAGCUAUCCUCACGCGAACCUCAAAGCUGGAACAGGCUUUAAACGCUGCACCACGUCCGCCACCAAUAGACCUUGCACUCGAAGCGGAGCGUGACUUUCGAGCCCUUCAUAGCUGCCUUUUCUCCUGUACCGGCUACUCGCAUCGCGGACGCAGCUGUCUCACCUCCAACAGGUCUGUGCUGCUCAGUCUCUCUAAUUUCUAGCAGAAUGUGUGGUCGCUGUGUUCGAGGAGUGUUCUUGGCGACGAUCAGUUGUUGGCAGUGAUGGCAUUUUAUCAAGACUCGCUUAUGAAGGUAAGGUCAAAUUAGGACUAGCUCUCCCCA